AUGGGAUUGUUAGUACCUGCCGAUUCCGAGGAGUUAAGAGGUGUGAUUCUCUUUGUUGGGUUGGACAUACAACCCGUUUGCAAUGUGAGGGGGGAUGGCGAUACAAAAGACAUAUCUAUCGCUACGCGUGAAGGUUAUGGAUUUGUACGACCGGUUCCAUCAAUAGAUGAGAAGGGCGUGAAGAGGGACGUGAAGAGGGACGUGGAGGACGUGGAGAUGGAGGACGUGGAGAUGGAGGACGCGGAGGAGGAUGUGGAGAUGAUGGAUGUCACCUGA